AGCCCGACUCCAGCUGCCGGGGCGGAGGCAAUGACGUCACCUAUUGGGGAGAACAGGGGACGGCGAUCAAACGGGUUUCGUGCGCGCUCGGGGAUAAAAGCAUCCUUCCUUUAUAUUCCGAACACACUCUGCAACCUCUGGUGUUGUUCUCUGUCUUCCCGAGCUCGGUUUGUGGUGCCUUCACUGGGCAGGGUCGAUAGCCAGCAUGGAGAACUUGAAGUAUUCGCCAGAACUCUUGCCAAUGCAGGGCAACAGCUACGAGCGUCUGAAGGAGCCGCGGGUCGUGACUUUGCCGAGCAAUGCCGCGGUGGUCACCAUAGGUCCCCCUGCGAAACCGCCUCGGGACCACAUCAUUUGGUCCCUCUUCAGCACCAUCUAUAUGAACUAUUGCUGCCUGGGAUUUGCGGCUCUCUGCUACUCGAUCAAGGCCAGGGACAGGAAGGCGCUCGGGGACCUGGAAGGUGCCCGGGGGUAUGCGUCCACCGCCCGCUGCUUCAACCUGACCACGCUGAUCUUGUUCCUCAUCACCGUCCUGGUCCUCAUCAUCCUCAUCUCGGUGGGAGUAGUGUACCCCAUGGAGCUGCGGCCGUUCCCACCCUCCCUCAGAGAGCCGGGGGGUGUCUAACGCGCUAGCCCCCUCCAAGAACUUCACUCGUACUCGGUUGUUCUGACUCUUUUUUGUUUUGUUUUUUUUGUACAUGAGACUUGAGUUUUCUACUUUUGUACUGCUCUUUGUGUAGCGUCUCCUUUGAAAAGUUUGUCUGACUUUCUUCCUGUGCAGCCAUCUGUGAAUGUGAUUUAGUUGUUUUUUUUUUCCCCCAUCUGCUUGUAAUUGUGGUUCUGAGUUUGGAUUUAGUUUUUCUUCUCUUGGUGUGUGUGUGUGUUGAAUGAAGCCUACGGGUCAGAAAUGUAAAUGGAACGCAUUAAACUUUGACUGGCAAAAAA